AUGCUUACCGUCGCACUUAGAGCCGAAGUGAAAUACACAAGACCGCGGAAAUCACCCAAAGAGAGCCAGCCGAGUCCUGCUAGCCAAGGAACUGACGGGCCAGUCAUCAGAACAUCUCAAAGCCUUCCGUCGCCCACGUCGCCUACUAGGCCAGGCGCAUCAGAUUAUUACUUGACCCUUGCACGGCAACGUCUCACAGCUAUCAGUCCAGAUGGAAGUGUCCCACAAGAACAAGAUCACGAUGUAGAGCCAGCUGGAAUGGUCCGCAUGAAGUUCCUCGUUCAACAAUGCAUCAACACCACUGGAACCUCUUUAUCAACACUCUCACUGAGUGACUGGAUGCAGGUAAUUCAAGUCUAUGAGGACGAAAUUGGCCUUCAAUACCCGUUUCUUGAUAUCCAGGAACUACAAGAGACGAUACGUUCCACCAAACAAGGGACCACACAGGGGCGUUCCGAAAGACAUGACGCGCAUAUCUCGGGGCGUCGAUACCAGGAGCGCCUUGACGACAUUUUAACUCUCAUUUUCUAUACUGUAUCGAUUUUGGCCGACCCUGCUUCAGCUGAAAGGUCCAAGCCCUCUGUUGAGUCUAUCUACGGAGGUGCUGUUGCUCGGUCCCAGCUCGGAAACCUAAACGAAGAUGAUCUGGUCUUGAUAAUCUUGGGCAGCAUAUUCUUCUUUCUCGGGGAUCAAGAGAUUCUGGCCUGGAGAGGAAUCGGUAUGGUGUUUCGACUGCUCCAAGAGUUGGAAGACACACCCGACAAGCUACAGUCUCGUGUAUUACCAAAUGACAAAGGAGUGAUAAGUCCCGAGUUCUACUGGUCGGUGUACACCCUCGAUCGACGAUGGAGCUUUGGAACUGGUCUGCCGUUUGCAGUUCAAGACUCGGAUGUCAGAUAUCGUCCAAGCUUAAAGGACAAUUCCCUCUCUUGUGGCUACCUGAAGUCGAUGGUUGCAUACUGCGAAAUCUCGUCCGAGGUCCAGAAAUCGAUCCUUGAGACACCGCAGUCUAUCGUAUCAGGGUCUAAACGCGAUUUUCUCAACUUCCGAGUCGUACAAUGGCAACAAAACCUACCACAGGGUCUUUGCUUUUCUGGUAUUGACGACAAGUUUGACCCAGCCAAGGAAAAGCGCGGAGAGUACAAGAUGCGUCUCGCUCUUUAUUUGAGGGCCAACCAAAUGCGCAUCAUCAUUCACAGAAAGUUCAUGGCGCGCUCAGAGCUGAACACGAUUGACGCGACUGAAGCGAAUGUCAUGGCUUCAAUCACUCGAGACUCGAUCAGGGUCUUAAUGCAACUGGCCCGGGAUACGGACAUCUACAUUGCCCAGCAAAAGACGUUUAACCACUUUUUAGAAACCGCAUUGUCGUCUCUUCUCUUGAUAAUGUGCUCUACUGAGGACUUGAAGAGGUUUUCCUACCUUUCCGAUGUUGUGGAGGCACUGGAGCUGGUCGAACAGCUCGCAAGUCAGUCUGCUAUUAUGCAAAAUAUGUGGUGCAAGAUGCAGAGCAUCAAAGAAGCCAUCAAGGAUAUCCAGACUAAACUAUCUGGUGAAACAUCAUCACACUGCGGUCAAGCCGACAAGGAACCUCACGAGGCUGGCGUGGUGGAACAAGAACCACAGAUCGCGAUUGGGCCGAUGUCUCCCACCGAGAUGAUGAUGGUCGCCACCGCCAUCCCGCCAGCACCUAAUUUGAUGGAAGAAUUUGACAGCUUUGAAGCUUUGGAGGAAGCUGGAGGACUCAAUUUUGCAAAUUUUCCAGAACUUGGGCAAUUCUUGCAGGAGUAUGAGAACUUUUAUUUUUGA